AGUGCGGGAGAGUGAGCGGCUGUGAAAAUGGGGCCGGCCCCCACCGGAGAGCAGCUGCGCGGGGCAGCCGGGGAGCCAGAGGUGAUGGAGCUUGUCCUAGAAGGCGUGGGCAAGGAGAAGGCACCCUCGAGGAAGCGAGCCAAAGCUGAGCCGCCCGCAGAAGGCUUCCUGCAGCCAGUGAAGCCCAGUCGGGCAGAGCUGUACAAGGAGCCUACGAACGAGGAACUGACCCGCCUCAGGGAGACUGAGAUCUUGUUCCACUCCAGCCUGCUUCGUUUACAAGUGGAGGAGCUGCUAAAGGAAGUGAGACUGUCACAGAGGAAGAAGGACAAGAUUGAUGCUUUUCUGAACGAGGUCAACCAGCGGAUCCAGAGAGUGCCCGAGGUCCCCGAGACUGAGCUCACUGACCAGUCGUGGCUUCCAGCUGGGGUUCGCAUGCCCCUCCACCAAGUGCCCUAUGGCGUGAAGGGCUCCUUCCGCUUCCUGCCUCCGUCCCAGAUCACUGUCGUGGGCAGCUACCUCCUGGGCACUUGUAUCCGACCAGAUAUCAAUGUGGAUGUGGCACUGACCAUGCCCAGGGAAAUCCUACAAGACAAAGAUGGGCUGAACCAGCGCUACUUCCGCAAGCGAGCCCUUUACCUGGCUCACUUAGCCUACCACCUGGCCCGAGAUCCCCUCUUCGGCAGUGUCCGCUUCUCCUACCCCAGUGGCUGCCACCUGAAACCCUCGCUGCUGCUGCGGCCACAUGGGAAGGAUGAGCACCUGGUUACUGUACGGCUGCAUCCAUGCCCUCCUUCGGACUUCUUCCGCCCUUGCCGCCUGCUGCCAACUAAGAACAAUGUGCGCUCCGCCUGGUACCGAGGGCAGAGUGCUCCAGAGAGUGAGCCGCCUACCCCCCACUAUAACACGUGGAUCCUGCAGGACACAGCUCUCCAGGCUCACAUGCGCCUGCUGUCAACUGUGUUGGGCUCCGCCCAGGGCCUGAAGGACGGCGUGACACUUCUGAAGGUUUGGCUGAGGCAGCGGGAGCUGGACAAGGGCCUGGGUGGAUUCAACGGAUUCCUUAUGUCCAUGCUGGUCUCCUUCCUCGUGUCUAAACGCAAAAUCCAUAUCACUAUGAGUGGCUACCAGGUCCUAAGAAGUGUCUUGCAGUUUCUGGCUACUACAGAUCUGACAGUCAGUGGCAUCAGCUUGUCGCUCAGCUCAGAUCCCUCCUUGCCAGCCCUGGCUGACUUCCACCAGGUUUUCCCAGUCGUGUUCCUGGACUCUUCAGGCCGCCUCAACCUGUGCGCUGAUGUCACAGCUUCUACUUACAAGCAGGUGCAGCAUGAGGCGCAGCUGUCUAUGGCGUUGCUGGACAGCAAAGCUGAGGACGGAUUUCAACUGCUGUUGAUGACUCCCAAACCCAUGAGCCGGGCUUUUGACCACCUUGUCCAUCUCCGUCCGCUGAGUCGCCUGCAGGCAGCAUGUCACCGGCUCAAGCUUUGGCCGGAGCUUCAGGACAAUGGUGGGGACUAUGUUUCAGCUGCUUUGGGUCCACUAACCACCAUUUUGGAGCAGGGUCUGGGGUCCCGGCUGCAGCUGCUGGCUCAUUCCCGGCCCCCAGUCCCAGAGUGGGAUAUCAACCAAGACCCGCCAAAGCACAAGGACUCUGGGAUGCUGACCCUGGGGCUGCUCCUCUGGCCUGAGGGACUGACCAGUGUGCUCGAGCUCGGUCCAGAGGCUGACCAGCCUGAGGCUGCUGACUUCUGUCAGUUCUGGGGGUCCCGCUCAGAACUGAGACGAUUCCAGGACGGGGCCAUCCGGGAAGCUGUGGUGUGGGAGGCGGCCUCUGUGUCUGAGAAGCGCCUUAUUCCUCACCAAGUGGUCACCCAUCUCUUGGCACUCCAUGCUGAUAUCCCAGAUACCUGUGUCCACUAUGUGGGUGGCUUCCUCGAUGCGUUGAUCCAAGGCCCCAAAGAGCCCUCCAGCACAGGAGAGGAGGCCCUGGCUUUGGCCGUGCGUUGCUAUGAUGACCUCAGCCGCCUGCUGUGGGGGCUGGAGGGUCUCCCACUCACUGUGUCUGCUGUUCAGGGAGCUCACCCAGUGCUGCGCUAUACAGAGGUGUUCCCUCCAGCUCCAGUGCGGCCUGCCUUUUCCUUCUAUAACCGUCACCAGGAGCGGGCCUCACUGUUGCCCCGGCUGGAUAAGCCCUGCCCAGCCUAUGUGGAGCCUAUGACUGUGAUUUGUCACCUGGAGGGCAGUGGGCAGUGGCCGCAGGACGCAGAGGCUAUCCAACGGGUCCGAGCUGCCUUCCAGCUGCGCCUGGCAGAGGUGUUGACACAGCAGCACAGGCUACAGUGCCGUGCCACAGCCACACACACUGAUGUCCUCAAGGAUGGGUUUGUGUUUAGAAUUCGAGUGGCCUAUCAGCGGGAACCACAGAUCCUGAGGGAGGUACGGAGCCCUGAGGGGAUGAUUUCUAUGAGAGACACACCUGCCUCGCUCCGCCUUGAGAGAGACACCAGGCAGUUGCCCCUGCUUACCAGUGCUCUGCAUGGACUCCAGCAGCAGCACCCAGCCUUCUCAGGUGUGGCCCGCCUGGCCAAGCGGUGGGUGCGUGCCCAGCUGCUAGGUGAGGGGUUCACUGACGAGAGCUUGGAUCUGGUGGCUGCUGCCCUCUUCCUGCACUCUGAGCCCUUCACCCCUCCCAGCUCCCCCCAGGUUGGCUUUCUUCGGUUCCUUUACCUGGUGUCUACCUUCGAUUGGAAGAACAACCCUCUCAUUGUCAACCUCAACAGUGAGCUGACUGCUGAGGACCAGGUAGAGACUCGAAGCAGUUUCCUGGCAGCUCGGACACAAUUCCCAGUCAUGGCCAUCGUUACUCCCCAGGACCGCAGAAGCUCUGUGUGGACCCAGGACAGACCCUCUGCCCAGAUCCUUCAGCAGCUCGUGAGCCUGGCGGCUGAGGCCCUCCCUAUCCUGGAGAAGCAGCUCAUGGAUCCCCGGGGGCCUGGGGACAUUAGGACAGUGUUCCGGCCACCUUUUGACCUGUAUGAUGUACUGAUCCACCUGACGCCACGCCACAUUCCCCGGCACCGCCAAGCUGUGGACCUUCCGGCCUCUUCCUUCUGCCGUGGUCUGCUCACUGAGCCAGGGCCUUCAUCUCUGAUGCCCGUCCUCAGCUAUGACCCCCCUCAGCUCUAUCUGGCACAACUCAGGGAGGCCUUUGACGAUCUGGCGCUUUUCUUCUAUGACCAGCAUGGUGGAACGGUGAUUGGCGUCCUGUGGAAGCCCAGUAGCUUCCAGCCCCAGCCCUUCAAGGCCUCCAGCGUAAAGGGACGCAUGGUGGUGUCUCGAGGCGGGGAGCUUAUGAUGGUACCCAACAUAGAAGCAAUCUUGGAGGACUUUGCUGUGUUGGGGGAAGGCCUGGUACAGGCUGUAGAGGCCCGAAGUGAGAGGUGGACAGUGUGAUUCCAGCUUUGGGACAAGCAGUCGGUAGACCAUGGGGCUUUGGACCUCCAAGCAGCUGUUCCCACUGCAGUAUGGACAC